AUUUUCCAUUCUAAUUCUAAAUAAAUCAAAGUGUGAAUGAGUCGAAGUUUCUCUCUACCCUACAAAUACAAAAUAAUACUUGUUCAUGUUACUUCUUCCCUCUAUUGUUUUCAUACCAAAAUAAUGAACUUUAUGGUAACCUGACACAAGUCACAAUUCAUUUUCCAUUUUCGUACUACUAGAAGUUGUGCUCAAUUUACUUCUCCAACUGCUACAUCAAUAUUAAUUUCAACCUUAGCAUAACAACAUUUAAAGGGUAAUGAUCUUGAUCAAAGAUUACCAACUUCAAAUUCUUCAAUCAUCAUCUCAAAAAAAUGUUUCUUCAUCUUCAUCACAUGAUAAAAAAUUUCAUCAUGAUCAUAACAAUCUUCUUAUUGAGCAAAACAAGAGCACAGAACAACAGCAAUAACACAACUUGUUUGAAUCGUUGUGGAGAUGAAACUCUUCAAUAUCCUUUUGGAAUCUCUGAAGGUUGUGGAAUCAAACUAAACUGUACCAACAACAAAGUCCAAAUUGACGAUUUUCUGAUUCAAAACUUAACAAAAAACAGUAUAUUCAUCUACCUUCCUGCAAAAUGCAACCGUAGUAUUGCAUCUAUUCGACCACUUUUCAAUGAUAAUUUUGCUCCAACAAGAAACAAUAGUUUUCUAGUUCAAGAUUGUUCAGCUUCUUUAGGUGGAUGUGUGAUUCCAGCUUCAAGUUUUGGUGGAAAUCAGAUUGAAGUUGAAAGCUGUGAUAGCAAAAGUAGUAAUAUUAGUUGUUUUACUCAAGAGUAUCAUGAAGGAGAUGUUGAUGUUUUGAGUUAUGAUGAAUUGAAUAAGACUAAGUGUAACUAUUUGUUCUCAGCUAUUGCUGUUGAACAGAACAAAGAAAUUUCUUUGCAGUUUCAAGCUAUUGAAUUAGGUUGGUGGCUUCAAGGUUCUUGUGAAUGUUCUAACAAUGCUACUUGUUCAACGGUAAAUUUGCAAGGAAAUGGUACUGGAUUUCGUUGUCAAUGUGUUGAUGGUUUCCGAGGAGAUGGAUUUGCUAGCGGCACUGGUUGCCGGAAAGCUCCAAGUUGCAGUGCUUCAACAAUAACAUCCGGGGGAUGUGGGAGUGCAACUAAAAUCGGCGUUGUUGUCGGAGCGGUUGUAGCCGGAGUUGUGAUUGUGGCUGCUCUCAUUCUUAUAUGGUACUGUGCCAGGCGCCGUUUUACUUGGUUGAGAAAACAUACCAGAGUAAAGCGCCUACUACGUGAAGCUGCUGGAAACUCUAUUGUGCCUCUCUACGCUUACAAAGACAUAGAAAAAGCUACAAAUUCUUUCUCUGAUAAACAUAUGCUGGGAACCGGGGCUUUCGGUACAGUCUAUGCUGGAAAACUUCACAAUGAUGAGUUUGUUGCAAUAAAGAAGAUAAGGCAUAGAGACACCAAUAGUGUAGAUCAAGUCAUGAAUGAGAUCAAGCUCCUUUCUUCGGUCAGUCACCCGAAUUUGGUUCGCCUCCUAGGUUGCUGCAUUGAGGAGGGAGAACAGAUACUUGUUUAUGAAUAUAUGCCACAUGGAACGCUUUCUCAACAUUUGCAGAGAGAGAGGGGUAAAGGUCUUCCGUGGACAAUACGACUCACCAUUGCUUCUGAAACUGCUAAUGCUAUAGCUUAUCUCCAUUCUGCAAUUCAUCCUCCAAUUUACCACAGAGACAUAAAAUCCAGCAAUAUACUCUUGGAUUAUAACUACAAAUCUAAAGUAGCUGAUUUUGGGCUUUCUAGGCUUGGCUUGAUGGAGACAUCACAUAUUUCAACUGCACCACAAGGGACUCCAGGUUAUGUGGAUCCUCAAUACCACCAGAAUUUCCAUCUUUCUGAUAAAAGUGAUGUAUACAGUUUUGGAGUGGUUUUGGUAGAGAUAAUAACUGCCAUGAAAGUGGUUGAUUUUGGCAGACCUCAGAGUGAGAUUAAUUUAGCUGCACUUGCUGUUGAUAGGAUUCGGAGAGGUUCUGUAGAUGAGAUUGUAGAUCCCUUCCUUGAACCAAAUAGAGAUGCUUGGACUCUAUAUUCCAUUCAUAAGGUGGCUGAGCUUGCAUUUAGAUGCCUUGCUUUUCAUAGUGACACGAGGCCUACUAUGAUGGAAGUGGCUGAGGAGCUGGAGUACAUCAGACGCCGUGCAUGGGCAACUAUGGAGGAAGCCAUAUGCUUGGGUUCAUCAGUUGGAUCCGGAAGUUCAUCGCCUCGCUAUGGAAGUGAGAACUCAGUGAGUGGUAUUAAGUUGAAGACAGUAGGUCAAGAGAGUGAGGGAUUGAUUGUUCCACCCAAAAAUGAUAACAUAUUGAAGUCUAUGGAAAUGGAGGUGAUGGACAGCUCCCCUGUAUCGGUGCAUAAUCCUUGGUCGAGUGGACCGAGCUCACCUUCAACGAACAGCUUGUUGGGAAACGUCGUUCGGUGACAUAAGCCUCCAGCAAUGUGAAUAAUACUAAAGCCAUAUAUACAACAGUUUUAUUUUCUCUCUCAACUGUCAUUGAUAUAGAUAUUUUUAUGUGUGAUUAAGAUUCUGGUUUACUAACAUCUUCCAAAAGCUUAUAUGCAAAAAUAAUCAGCAGUAGAUAUACAAAAUUUUCUAUGCAGACAAGAUGUAAACUAUGAAUAGUUAUUAUAUAUUAAGCGGACAAUUUUCUAUUAAGCAAGAAUACCUUUGCUGCUUA